AUGGAUGAAGUCAAACCAGUUGCCAUACCCAUUGUCACGGAUCCUCCUUUGUCCAUUCAUGGAGAGCCACUGCCGGAUCCUACACAAUGCCGCCAACUCAUUGGUAGUCUUCAAUAUCUUGGUCUAACACGUCCCGACGUUGCCUUCACAGUCAAUAAGUUAGCCCAAUAUAUGCAAAGACCAACUGAUCAACAUAUGCAAGCAUUGCAUCUCCUCCUACGAUACCUUAGUGGCACAUCCAACAUGGGUUUAACUUGGCAUAAAAACUCUCCUCUUACUAUCCAUGAUUUCUUCGACUCUGAUUGGGCUAGAGAUAAGGAUGAUUAUAUCUCCACAACACCAUAUAUUGUUUACUUAGGCAGGAACCCAAUCUCUUGA